CUUGGUCCUUCACGCACGGAUCUGAAGGUUGAGGAUUGUUGUAUCUGCGUUCGCGAUAUUCGCUCUCAUCGAACUAAGAAGGAAAUAUAGUUUAUAUUGAGUUUUUCGGUUUUGGAGAUUACUAGAAUCAUGAACGACAGAGAUGCGAUUGUUCUGUCCAGUAUAAAAGAAUCAGUAGCCCCUUCCGAUUCAGAUGGCUCACCUGACAUUCAGAAUAUACAAUAUUAUCCUUUCGCCAGGGUUUUACAACUGCGGGUAUUACAGAUCGUGUGCGGCAUUUCCUUCCUCAUAAUCGGAACUGUGGCCUUCAUCGUGGAAAAGGGAAAAAUGAACCUGGGUUUGGGUAUUCCCACCGGAGGAGCAACCAUUCUGGCAGCAGCUGCAAGUAUCCAUACAACCAGAGGAUUUGGGGGAUAUCGCACUUCAGCUUUCAACCCAGGAUCUUUACUUCGACUGCUUGGACCUUCAGUAAAAGUAGCUGUUCCUUUGACACUUCUUUGGGCAGUGGCGUGCUCCUUCAUGGGACUUCUCCUAUUUAAAUCCAUUAAAGUUAUUUCUUGUUGGAAAAGUAAUCAACAAUGUGUUGUAGAUACCUAUUCAGUGGAAGAUGAUGAAUUGAGCGAUUUAUUGAUUUUAGCAAUAUUGCAAUUAACCUUGACACUACUUACAUUCAUUGCUGUUUUUUCGUUAUUAAGAAUAGAUUGGAAAUAUGAUCCUGAUUGACAUCCACCUCCCCCUGAUACGCAAAGGGGUGGUGGAGUCAGUGUCAUUGGGGGAGUAGGAGGAUUUUCUUUUGCACCAACAUCAACAACUUGUGAUAGGGUAGGCAGAGUUGCCUGGGCAGUUUGAAAAGUUUAAAUUUCAUGGUUGAUUAGAAUAAUUGUAACAUCUUUGUAUUAGAGAAUUAUAAUGUAAAUGAAUUUCUACUCUUACUUUCAUACUUUUCUUGUCAAUAAACAUUUCGUAACCCAA